AUGACGAUCGAGCUGCAGACGAGGCCGUCGCUCCCGGCGCCGGCGGGUGCGCCACCGCGCGCGGGCACGGGUCUGCCGCCGGGGUUCCGGUUCUACCCCACGGACGAGGAGCUGAUCGUGCACUACCUCCGCAGGCGCGCCGCCGCGGCGCCGUGCCCGGCGGCCGUCAUCGCGGAGGUGGACAUCUACAAGCUGGACCCCUGGGAGCUCCCGUCCCGCGCGGUGUUCGAGGGCGACAACGACGAGUGGUACUUCUUCAGCCCCCGCGACCGCAAGUACCCCAACGGCGUUCGCCCCAACCGCGCCGCCGGGUCCGGCUACUGGAAGGCCACCGGCACCGACAAGCCCAUCACGGCCGGCGGCGUGCCCGGCGGCGAGGUGGUCGGCGUGAAGAAGGCGCUCGUGUUCUACCAGGGGCGUCCACCCAAGGGCCUCAAGACCAACUGGAUCAUGCACGAGUACCGCCUCGCCGACGCCCACGCCGCCGCCGCCGCGCACACUUACCGGCCGCCCACGCGCUUCAAGGCCUCCUCCUCCAUGAGGCUGGACGAUUGGGUGCUCUGCAGGAUCUACAAGAAGCCCAACCCGCAGCAGCUGUCGCCCUUCUACGAGCCGUCGCCGUCACCGUCGCGGUCGUCCAUGGACGCCAGCCUCGGCCUCGGCCACCACCACCACCAUCAGUACCACCACCACCAGCAGCAGCAGCAGCAAGAGGACACCUCCUCCUCCUCCCGGAUGCUGCCGAGGAAUCCGUCCGUCUCCGACUACCUCGUGGACUACUCCGCCGUCUCGGAGCUCUUCGACAGCAUGCCGCCGCCACCACAGCCGGAGACUGCAAGCUCUGUCGGCCAUUUCUUCCUCGGCACCACUGCUGGCGCCAGCGACGGCGAGGCCAGCACGGCGCGCAAGAGGCAGGCGACGGCGGACAGCAACAACGAUGGUGAAAUGUCGUCGUUGCACGCUUCCAAGAGGUGGUUGGGUAGCGAUGGGUCCAUGACGAUGAUGAACGGCGGCUUCUCCAUAUUUGGGCCAGACCAGCCUUCCCAGCAGGACAGGAUAUGA